GUUUAGUUUAUAUAAUCUCAUGCAGCAGUUAUCAUAAAAUAACACAAAAGUAUACACAACCACUUCAACAAAACAGAGGAUUGUGUCUCUAGUUUUGCGUUAUCGGUGACAUAGAUAUUUUGGUUUCUGCACCAUCUUUGUGUGUUUGUGACCUAAACCUAAGUUCAUGGCUGAGAUAGUGAGAGGAGGAGUAGUAGAGAAGAAGGUGAUGCUGGCUAUUGAUGAGAGCGAGUACAGCCACUAUGCUCUCGUUUGGGCACUCGAUAAUCUCAAAGAAUCGUUAACGAACUCGCCGCUUGUGAUCUUCAUGGCUCAACCUCCGACCAAAAGUACUUACACCUUCGCCGCGUCUCUCGGUUCUGCUCGCUUGUACUGCCCUGUUUCAGCCACUCCAGACUUUGUUACCUCUGUCAAAGAAAAACAAAAGAAGCUUACCUUGGCUCUUCUGGAGAAAGCCAAGGAGAUAUGCGCUAGUCGUGGGGUAAAUGCAGAGACAGUUACGGAGGUAGGGCAUCCUACUACAGCCAUAUGUGAUGCAGUUGAAAAGCUCAACAUCAAAUUACUUAUUUUGGGUGAGCAUGUCCUUGGAAAAAUUGAAAGGGCUUUUCUAGGGAGUGUGAGCAGCUACUGUGUUCAGAAUGCAAAGUGCCCUGUCCUUGUUGUGAAGAAACCUUAGCAGCAAAGUCUCUACACUUAUCCAACUAUAAGUUAUUUUGUGAUACAGUUUGUUGCAAUGCUAGUUGAUACGAUUUUAAAGUAAAUCAACUACAGAAUUGAAGAUUUUCUCGCGUGUGGAUAUUGAUUCUAAUGUUUUGUAAACACAUUGAAUGAUGACAAUGAAAGGUGAUGUAAUUAAAAUGUUAGAUCCUCCUGUGGAACACUAGAUAGUGUAACUUGUUAGUAUCUGCUUAGAAUUUCCUGUGGAAAAGCUGUAGCUUCACUGUGAAAAGAGUGCUAGAAUACCAGAAGAAUUAUAUUUUAUACAUUCGAAAGC